ACAAACACGUGUUAAUCACGUGACGAAUGGUUUUGUUUACAAACAUAAGUGCUUUUUGUAGUGAAUCUCAUUUGGGAUCCGAUCUCUUAAAAGCGUUUACUUCAUGUGAUUUCAUAUUAAUUUGCAUAUCAUUUAGUGGUCCGAAGAGUUGAUUCACUACUGAUUGGCGGCCAAUAUGUUGGACACAAUCGUCGAUAAGUUUCGUUUGUAUGAAGUGCUGGCGAUGUCUUCAUUUCAAUCGCAUCUAUCACUGUUGGAACCGAUCUUUAUAUUCGCCUCCAAUUUGGGUGAUCCGCAAAACGGAUACGUCUUGUACUUUGUGUUUGGCUUCAUAUUUGUGUCGCAUUCGGCGGCCUUCAAGAUGUUGUGGACAGCGGUGUUGUCGGAGUGGCUGAACCUCAUACUCAAGUGGACGUUCAACGACGAGCGGCCGUAUUGGUGGGCACCGAUGGCCGCCCAGCACUUGGCCGCCACCAACCAUAGCCACUACUUCCAGGACGUGACCACCGAUUACGAGUACGCGCGACAAUUGAAUCGUCUUCGGCUCAAACAGUUCCCAAUCACUUGCGAAACGGGUCCCGGUUUCCCGUCGGGUCACGUGAUGUGUUCGGCUGCCGUCUGGUUCUCACUCAUCAUACAACUGAUUAAACACAAAGUGAUUGCAUCGCGACGGCAGCGGCUCUUCACCCGAAUCGCGUUCAUAUCGACACUAAUGUUGGUCUCGUUGGGCCGGAUCUACAUAUCGGCCCACUUUCCCGACCAGUGUCUCAUCGGUCUAUUUGCGGGCAUUGUGUUGGCCGUAAUGGUCGAGAAACUGGUGGACAUUCAACGGCUGGCAUUGGGCGGACAUAUCCUUAUAUCGAUGUUACUGAUGGCAAUCGCGUACGCCUUCCACGAGUGUCUCAAUCGAUUCGGUGGCCAAAGCGGUGCCGACUGGUCGCUAGAGUUGGCCAAACUAUACUGCGCGGACAUCAACAAUGUUAAGGCGGACACGAGUCCGCUGUACGUGGUUUGGCGGGCGUCGGGCGCCGCUGUGGGCAUAGGUGUGGCCUUCACUCAAGUGUUGCCACUCGUCAACAAAAACAACUACCUGUCGGUCGCGCGUAACAAAAACAACUUCACUGUCCGACUCAUCAAUACGAUUGUGUCGACCGUUGCGGUCGUUAUUUACGUCAAUUAUUCGCGACCGGAGCCCACGUUUGGCGACCAAAUCGGCCGCUUUUACGGCAAAUCUUUUGUUCAAUUCCUGUUUAUACCGAUUGUCGGUUUGGUUAGCGUUUUAUUAAAUGAUAAGAUCAUGAGAUUUUACUUCAAUAGAGUGCACAUCAAUUCAAACAAUUGA